GUAAAAAGUACCUAUAAAACAACACUUAAAAGUAGUGCCUCUGGGACCAAAUGCAGAUUGGACAGUUAACUUUUUGGUGUUGUGUUCCCGGAAUCCAGACCAGUUGAACCUGUUCUGAUGUGACCCGGGUUUGGGGAGUGUUACUCCUGAGGUUGCGCUACUUUCUCAACAUUUCGUUAUGCUACGCCCCAAACUACGAAAGAAAAACACACACUAGCUGUUGCUAUCUUCACCCUGCUAAGGCUGCUUCUGUCGGGAUUUAUAUGCAGACACACCGAGCUCACGCUGUACAAGAAGUAACAACCGAAGCGUUCAUUUUAAACACAUUUUCCCCAUACGGAGGAGAAUUCUUCCUCUCACUCAAGAAUCCCACAAAACGUAAAAAGGCCGUCGCUGGAAACAACCGACUCGCCGGAGAAGCUAUCGUUGCGUCCGGAGCAAACACUGUGGAAUAUUUACCACAACAUUUAGGCCGUUUCAUUGUCUGUGUACUUUGGGGACAUUUCAAAAUCGCGUGACGGUGUUAUAAUAAAGAGAGUCUGGCGUGGACCGUGAUUUCCUUCUCCGCUUGGCAAUGCGAGGAGCUCGGAUUUUCGUAGAAGAAUGUGCCUCCCUCUCCCGGCGUUAGCUCAGCCGCGGCUCCAUGGCCAACAUUAACAACAUGCUCCUGGCCUCUGCCGUGGUGGUGUGGGAAUGGCUGAACGAACACGGCCGGUGGCGGCCCUACAGCCCCGCCGUCUCCCACCAGAUAGAGGCGGCGAUCCGGAGUAGCGACCCCCGUGGAGGGAGCGUCGUCCUCGGCCAGGUGGACAGUCGGCUCUCGCCGUACAUCAUAGAUCUCCAGUCCAUGCACCAGUUCAGACAGGACACAGGUACCAUACGUCCAGUGCGGAGAAGCUUUUAUGAUCCUGCUUCGGCCCCUGGUCAGGGCUGGCAGUGGGAGUGGGAAAACGAUGCUGGUACAUGGACGCCCUACGACAUGGAGGUGGCCAUUGCCAUCGAGAACGCCCACCACCGCCAGCAGCCCUGCCUCGACCUCACACCGCUUGGCUUCUGCUACCUCAUUGAUUUUCAGAACAUGACACAGGUGAACAGACAGAGCCAGAGGUGUCGGAGGAUUCAGAGACGUGCUGACAUGACCUACCCUUUGGUGUCUGGUCCUCUCCCGCUGCCCAAAGGGGGAGGUGUGGGAGGAAGUGGAGCCCUACUGGGUGUUGGGGUUUCAGGGACCACUUUGGGAACUGGAAACUCUGUCUAUCCCAAUGGGGGCAUAUCAGCUACUGGACUGGGCCAGCCUUGUUCCUGCCAGCAGUGCAUGCUGGUCCUUAGUGUGAAGACCAAUACAGGAGGAGGAGGGGGAGGAGGAGCAGGUAUACAGACUCUAGGUAGACGCUCACUAACCAUGCAGCGGCCCAAGAAUUCAGCACCUGCUGCCUCCAAACCUCUGAGUCCAUCUAAAUCAGCCACUUUGGGACGAGGACAGCAGCAGAACUCCAACUCCAACUCCAAUUACUACCAGACGCUGCCGCAUGGUCUUGCCAUUUCCAAAAACACAGCUUCUCCGCGAAGGAACGCCCAACUCUUUGCUCAGUCGCUGGCUGCCCUCACCGCCGGCACCUCCUCUCUGGGUAUCUCCUCCAGACCACCUCCACCAUCCCUCCCGCCUCCUCAGCCACCGUCAUCCAACCCAAAUAUGAACCCUCCGUCCAUUCCUGCCAAGCAUUCCUCAUCGUCAGCCAGCGAAUCGGUGCCAACUGCCACAUUAAUUUCCCCUGCCAGCAGCGUGACCACGCCCCCUUCUCCUGUACCCUCUCCAUCACCAGUGGUGAUGAAGCCACAGCGCACCCCGUCGUCUGCAGCAACAGUGUGCCAUGCCCCGUUGCCACAGAGAUCAAGCUUAGCCGGGCUGAGCAGACCAGCGUUACAGAGGAUUGCGAUGGCCCAGUCCAGAGCGCUCAUAGCAUCAGGAGUACCCACCGUCCCAGUGAAGAACCUUAACGGCUCCAGUCCUGUUCACCCUGCGCUGGCGGGGAUCACAGGAAUCCUGAUGAGUGCAGCUGCUCUUCCCGUGUGUCUGACCAGGCCUCCUAAACUCGUACUGCACCCUCCACCUGUCAGCAAGAGCGACAUCAAACCCGUGCCAGGUUUCGGCCACUGCUGCAGGAAGACCACCAAGAAACAGGCUCGCAAGGGUAAAACCCCUGAGGAGGUGGUGAAGAAGUAUCUGCAGAAAGUAAAAAGCCCACCAGAGGAGGACUGUACUAUCUGCAUGGAGCCGCUGGGGGGUCCCUCUGGAUAUAAGGGUCCAGGGGUGGGGCCUGUGUCUCGCGCUGAGUCAGUUGGACGACUAGCACAGUGUGGACACCAGUAUCAUUUCCAGUGUCUGGUGGCCAUGUAUAAUAAUGGCAACAAAGACGGCAGUCUUCAGUGUCCCACCUGUAAAACCAUUUACGGCGUGAAGACAGGCAACCAACCGGCAGGGAAGAUGGAGUACCACGUCAUCCCUCACUCUCUACCGGGGCAUCCUGACUGCAAAACCAUACGCAUCAUAUACAACAUACCGCCGGGCAUUCAGGGACCAGAGCAUCCGAACCCAGGGAAGCCCUUCACUGCCAGAGGCUUUCCCCGACACUGCUACCUCCCAGACAGCGAGAAAGGACGCAAGGUACUGAGACUGCUCCUGGUAGCAUGGGACCGCAGGCUGAUCUUCUCAGUUGGUACUUCAAGCACUACAGGAGAGUCUGACACCGUCAUCUGGAACGAGGUUCACCAUAAAACCGAAUUUGGCUCCAACCUGACGGGCCAUGGCUUCCCAGACCCCGGACACCUCGACAACGUCCUGGAAGAGCUCCGAGCUCAGGGCAUCACAGAGGACGACGGACUGAUGGAAAAGUGAUAGGAAGAGUAACUAGGAGACAUCUGUGUGUGAGGACAGAGAGAAGACAAAGAGAACUGGGCCGAACCAUGAAAAUAAGAGAAGCAGGAGGAGCAAAAGACUGAGACACUCACUCUGCCAGCACUUAAAAGGGGUGCGGGGGGGAAGUUUCAGUUAAAGAAGUCAUUGAUUUUUGGUUAAUACUGUUCAAGGUGUUGAUUAAAUCACUGCUGGGUUCGCCUGUCAGCGCGAGACUGCCCAGACGUCACAGUUUUCAGGCAAGCACAUCAGCUGAAGCAGGGAGGGAGUGUGCGGUAGCUGCAGCACAGAAAGAAAAGCAACAGAAGAAUGGCACUCGUGGUUUCUGCUACUAAAAUGAUAGGUACUACAAGUGAGAAUGAAUCGGUACUAACAUUUUGGACAAAAACAAGUUUACUUUACUGAGAGAAAGCAUAACCAGGAAAAGAUUUUAAGUAAGACUCCAGAGCAGUUCAGUGAAAACUGGGAAAGAAAGAAGAAAGGAAAAAGAGACAGAAGUUGGAGUGGUGGGGGAGGGGGAGUAGGGGUAAGGUAACAGAAAGACAGCCGGGUGGUGUACGAAUGUAGCCUAGGAUAGGAGUAGAGUAAAAUUAACUUGUAUGGUGCUUAACAGGUACUUUAGCUAUUAAAUCACAUGUGAACCAAGAGUGAUGAAGGGGAAGAGAGAGAGACCAUGUGCUUGCUUUGUUCAAACCACCUGCUUGUUUGUGGUUGAAGUGUUGUGCUGUUGCUCCCUCUUGUGGUGACAUUGAUGAAUGACACCUCAGUCUGCAAGCUACUGGAACAAAUCAAAUCGUUACUACGAGUGAUCCACCUGUGUCAUUUUUUUAACCAUUGUUACUAUAAUCCUCAUUUAAUGUCAUUCCAUUCUUUACCUCUUAUUUUUGACUUGAUAGGUUUUUUGUAUGACCUAUGAUUAUGAUUGUGCGUGAAAUGACAAAAGACCAAACCAAGACCUAAUCAUUUGGGUCUAUUUGGAGUCUUACUAUUGAGCCACUGUGGUACAAGUUAACCUUAGCUAUACAGGUACCAGUAUUUUCAUAUCUUUAUUUUUGUCCCUUUUGAGCGUUCAUUGGUUUCAGUGGAUGUGAAAGCUUUUGUGCAUCAGUGAGACAAAGUGAGAAUGUGAUAAACACCUGAUGAAGAUGACUAUUUUUGGAGGUUGCCUAUAAUUAAGUGCUGAAGAUUUGCUUCAAGGCCUAAAUGUUUUAGUUGCUUGAGCUUCACUGUCAGAAAGGAAUGAACUAAGAGCCUGGGGCUGGUCUUACAGCCAGAAAACCCCUCAGAUUGGGCAGAGGGUUGGAAGGUGCAGGACAAGAGGUAGAACAGAAGCAGAAGUUAUGGUUUGGUGAGCCCAAUGCCACACAGUACCAGUAAGGUUGCUGGGCAUAUGAGUACCACCAUUCUUCAAAUUUAAAACCCACAACAGACAAGGAUGCUGUUGGCAGUCAGAUCUGUUAAAGGCCCCAUAUUGAUGUAAAUGGAAAUUGUCUUCACACGUGUGAUCAAGUUAAUAUGGAUUAAAGUGUUCUUCAUUCUUACUUGGAAUGUUCGAUAUCCAGUCCAAACAACCAGUUUUAAGGGAUUCCCUAGAUACAUAUUUCACCCAUGGGUGACACCUUAUAUCCUACAUCACACACAGUGUUUUGUGUUGUGAUUUUUCAAUAAACUAGCAAAUCUUAACCCCAAGAUUAAACCCACGGAAGACCUCACGCCUCAUUAUAACUUCAAACAAAGUUCGCCAGUUUAACACCAAUGGCCGGGACAGAUCACAUGUGGACUUGCUCCUGAUUCACAGCAUUGAAAUCUGUCCAGUCAGACCAGUUUACAGUACCAGAAGGCCAAACAAGUUUCCAUGCUGGCCAAUCAGAGACCGGCAAUGCCAUGAUGUUCUGUGAGAAUCUUAAUUACUGAAGUAAAUAUUUGUAUAGAUCUGAUUUUUCUAGAAAGUACAUCUCAAACAGAAUUUUUUUAGCACCUGCACCACAGAAGUGAAAGCAAAGAAAAUGCCAGACUACAAAGGUUCCACAAUGUGGGGCCUUUAAUAUGUGAUUAUUGGCCACCACAGGAUAAUAGGAAGCAUCAUCUCACCUGACCAACUCUGCUCUUCUUGUCUCUACCCCUCCUGACUGAUAAAACACUGCCCAGUCUCUGAGUUGGGUCUGUAAAUGACCCCCUUAUUACAAGCCCUGUUGGUGUGUGUGUGUGAGAGUGAGAGAGAGAGAGUGAGAAAGAGAAUCUGUGUACUGUGUAUACUACCAACAUCCUGUGUCCUCCUGGUUUAGGGUAUUAUUUUGGUACUCCAUGGGAACCACAUCAUCCUUUAUCUCCAAUGAUGGUACUCCCUAUAUGGUAACUUUUUUUAUAUGAAAUAUAGUUACAUCUUUGCUUUUUAAUAGCAUUUUUCUUGACACUAUCAUAGAGUAAAUUGCCUUUUUUUGGUUUUGUACAUUUAUUUUAUGUUGUAUUAAUUAUGCCCUUUUUCAUUUGUUACAGUUGGAUUACAGAGACAGUAUUGUUCAAUACAAAGUCUUUUUUCCAUUGUGUACAGAAGUUAAGCUGAUUCGCGUCAUCUUUUCUUUGGAAAAGGAAUUUGAUGGUAGACUUUAUCUGAGUGUGAAAUGUAAUGAUUUUAAUAACAAGUCAAACCCUUGUACCCUUGCUCUUCUGUGAGGUAAAGAAUACUUUCAUUUUCUGCAUAUCAUCUGUCCUGCUGCUUUUCUGCACUGAAUAUUUGUGGCCCUGAAAGGUUUUGUGGUAGAUUUGUUGAUGGCUUUGGUCAAAUGUCCACAGCAGAAUGUUCAAAUGCUGGUAAGAUGAUGAAAAUGAUUGUUCUAAGCAUUGUGAGAUGUUAGAAAAUCGCCAUUUCCUCCUAUGUUGUAGCAGGUUUUUUUUCUUGCUCUGUUAGUCCAAACAUUGCACAACGACUUGGGGAAACGCUGAUUCUGUGUGAUCAGUAAUUCAGUAUGUGAUUUUGUUAUUGCCGAGUUAAAAAGACAAAUUAUUAACAUGAACCUCAAGUGUCUUUGGAAGAAAAUAAAGGCUUUCAUCCAGGGUGUGCAGUGUCUGAAACCAUUAGAGCGAUGUAGCGAACAGCUGCGACUAAUGACUAUGUCAGUUUUAUCACGUCUUUAAAUGUGGAUUUCUUUCCCAUCAGCAGUUCUCAUCCCUACUGAAGGCAAUACCUCCACCACAAGUCCAUGGAUAAGGGACUUCCAUCUUGCUUAUGGGUUGUAGGAUGGGAAAGAGGUGAUAAAAUGUGCUGUUAUGGGAGAGAGACCAUAGAACAUGGGAUGAGAAAAAGCUAAGUGUAUAUAGUGCAAAUUAAUUGCUGGAGUAUGAGUGAUUAAUACACGACAAAAAAUAAAGAAUGAAUGAAACUUA